AUGAUUAAAAGAUUAUCACAAAAUAUAAUUAAACAACCAUCAAUUUAUUUGAGACAUAGUAGUAGAUUAAAUAAUAAUAAUCAUAGUAAUAAUAGUAAUAAUGUAACAUACAAAUAUUAUAGUUCUUCUUCAUCUUCUUCAUCUUUUUCAUCAUCAUCAUCAAAUACUAUUGAAUAUAAAGAAAACUUUAUUAGAGGUGAUAAUUAUGAUCAAGUUUAUAACUCUUUUAAAUGGAGUGUACCUGAGCACUUUAAUAUAGGUUAUGAUAUUUGUGAUAAACAUUUAAAACAUAAAAGAAAUCAUAAAGCUAUCAUUUAUGAAGAUGAAAUUGGUAAUAUUAAAUCAAUAACAUUUGAAGAAUUAUAUCAUCAAUCAAAUCAAUUAGCAAACAUGUUGAAAAAAGAAUGUAAAUUAGAGAUUGGUGAUAGAAUUGGUGUAUUAUUGACACAGAGUAUAGAAACUGCCUUGUCACAUGUCACUGCAUUUAGAAGUGGAGCCAUUUCAAUUCCACUUUUUACUUUGUUUGGUCCAGAAGCUUUAUCAUAUCGUUUAAACAACUCUGAAACUAAAUGUAUAAUGACAGAUUAUGAUCAAUUGGAAAAACUCUUAUCAAUUCAAAAUCAAUUACCAACCGUUCAAAAAAUUAUUGUUUUUGGUCAUCCAAAAACUAGUCAAAUCAAUCUAAUUCAAAAUAAUACGAAUAUUUUAGAAUGGGAAAAAAUUAAAAAUAAUUAUAAUGAUCAAUUUGAAGUAAUUAAAACAAAAUCAGAAGAUCCAGCAUUAAUUAUAUUUACAAGUGGAACUACUGGUAAUCCAAAAGGAUGUUUACAUGCACAUAGAGUUUUAAUUGGUCAUUUACCAGGUGUACAAUUACCUCAAAACUUUUUCCCCUAUCAUAAAACAAACAACAACAACAACAACAAUCAAACCUUGUCUACCUCUAAACUAUGUUUUUAUACACCAGCAGAUUGGGCAUGGAUAGGUGGAUUAAUUGAUGUAUUGUUACCAUCAUUGUAUUAUGGAGUGACAGUGUUGGCACAUAGAGCAUUGAAAUUUGAUCCGGUCAAGAUUGCCGAUCUUAUGAUUAGACACAAGGUGACAAGUUCAUUCCUUCCACCAACAGCUCUAAAAAUGAUGAGACAAUCACAACACUUGUUACCUAAAAACACUCAUAUUCUAAGUAUUGGUAGUGGUGGUGAAUCUUUGGGUGACAAGUUACUAAACUUUGGUCAAGAAACUUUUAAUACUACAAUCAACGAAUUCUAUGGACAAACAGAAGCCAAUCUACUAGUAAGUAACUCUUCAACGAUUAUGGACGUCAAGGUUGGGUCGAUGGGUCGGGCAGUACCAGGUCACAAGGUUGAAAUUGUUUCCGACAAGGGAGAGGUUCUGCCACAUGACAAUGUUGGUAAUAUAGCUUUGGAAACACCCGAUCCAGUGUCAUUCCUAAGAUAUUGGAACAAUGAAAAGGCAACAAAGUCAAAAUAUGUUGGCAAGUGGCUUUUGACUGGAGAUCUUGGCAAAAAGGAUAGUGAUGGUUAUUUCUGGUAUGUUGGUCGUGACGAUGAUAUUAUCAAUAGUUCAGGCUAUCGUAUUGGACCAACUGAAAUUGAAAAUUGUAUCAUUGGUCACAAAUCAGUUGCCAUUUGUGCUGUCAUUGGAGUUCCAUGUCCACUUCGUGGAGAAGUCAUCAAAGCCUACAUUGUACUCAACCAAACAUUCCAACCUACCAAACUAUUGGAAGAUGAAAUCAAAGAACAUGUAAAGUAUAAAUUGGCUGCUCACGAAUACCCUCGUCUUGUAGAAUUUGUUGAAUCUUUACCAAUGACUACUACUGGUAAAAUAAUUAGAAAAGAUUUAAGAUUAUUACACAGUGAAAAUGAAAAAAAGAAAAAGAUUUAA